CGAGAGAGCGAGAGGAGGGGUAGAAGAAGCACAUGAAAAACUGCAUAACCCACUGCUGGUUGAGAUAGACGGGGCAGAAAGGUUGCCUUUCUGGGUCGUAGCCGCUAACUGGAGCUUUGCUGUACUUUUAUGCGAAACGACAGCGGAUUUAGAAGACCUGCCGAGGUUUUCCAGGUUUCCUCUCCAAAAGUUCCUGUUCUUAGAUGGUAACAGAGAUCUUGAGAUAAGAGAGAGAAAAUGGCAGUGUGGAUCCAGGCCCAGCAGCUGCAGGGAGAUGCUCUGCACCAGAUGCAGUCUCUCUACGGGCAACACUUCCCCAUAGAGGUGCGACACUACCUGUCCCAGUGGAUAGAGGGACAACUCUGGGAUGCGAUAGAUUUAGAGAACCCUCAAGAAGAAAUUAAAGGCAAGCGUUUAUUGGACAACCUGAUCCAGGAACUACAGAAGAAAGCAGAGCAUCAAGUGGGAGAGGACGGCUUCUUACUCAAGAUCAAAUUAGGACAUUAUGCUUCACAGCUGAAGAGCACAUAUGACCGCUGUCCUCUGGAGUUGGUGAGAUGUAUCAAACACAUCCUGUACACGGAGCAAAGACUCGUCAGAGAGGCGACUAAUUCAAGCUCACCGGUGGGCGGGGUGAUGGACAGCAUGUCGCAGAAGUACCAUCAGAUAAACCAGGUGUUUGAGGAGCUCAGAAUAUUGACUCAGGACACAGAGAAUGACCUCAGAAAACUACAGCACAACCAGGAGUACUUCAUUAUACAAUACCAGGAGAGCCUCAGAAUACAGGCUCAGUUAUCAAGCCUGGCCACGCUGCCUCCAGCAGACCGACAGCUACGAGAGCCCAGCCUGCUCAGCAAGAGAGCCACAGUAGAGGCCUGGCUGACCCGAGAGGCCAACACCCUGCAGAAAUACAGACUGGGCUUGGCAGAGAAACACCAGAAGACACUGGCAUUGCUACGGAAACAGCAGACGGUGAUUCUUGAUGACGAGCUGAUUCAGUGGAAGAGACGUCAACAGCUGGCUGGAAACGGCGGGCCGCCUGAGGGAGGACUGGACAUACUGCAGUCAUGGUGUGAGAAGCUAGCAGAAACCAUUUGGCAGAAUCGUCAGCAGAUCCGGAGGGCGGAGCAUCUGAGACAGCAGCUGCCCAUUCCUGGCCCCAUCGAAGAGCUGCUGACCGAACUCAACAGCACCAUCACGGACAUCAUCUCAGCUUUAGUCACCAGUACCUUUAUCAUCGAAAAGCAGCCUCCUCAGGUGCUGAAAACACAAACUAAAUUUGCUGCGACAGUGCGUUUGCUGGUAGGUGGCAAACUCAACGUGCACAUGAACCCACCGCAGGUCAAAGCCACCAUCAUCAGCGAACAACAGGCCAAGGCCUUGCUCAAGAAUGAAAACACCAGAAAUGACAGCAGUGGCGAGAUCUUGAAUAACAACUGUGUGAUGGAGUACCACCAGACCACAGGCACCCUCAGUGCACACUUUAGAAACAUGUCUCUGAAGCGGAUCAGGCGUUCAGACCGCCGAGGAGCGGAGUCUGUUACAGAGGAGAAGUUUACCAUUUUGUUUGAAUCACAGUUCAGUGUUGGCGGAAAUGAGCUGGUAUUUCAGGUUAAGACUCUCUCUUUGCCUGUGGUGGUAAUUGUCCAUGGAAGUCAAGACAACAAUGCUACAGCCACAGUUCUAUGGGACAAUGCAUUUGCUGAGCCGGGACGGGUGCCCUUUAUUGUGCCUGACAAGGUGUUAUGGCCGCAGUUGUGUGAGGCUCUGAAUAUGAAGUACAAGGCAGAAGUGCAGUCAAAUCGAGGUCUGUCCGAGGAGAAUCUCGUCUUCCUCGCUCAGAAAGCCUUCAGCAGCUCCAGCGUCAACUCAGAGGAAUACCGCAACAUGACCAUGACCUGGUCACAGUUUAACAGGGAGAGUUUACCAGGCAGGAACUUCACAUUUUGGCAGUGGUUUGAUGGUGUCAUGGAACUUACUAAAAAACACCUGAAGCCCCACUGGAAUGAUGGAGCAAUUCUUGGCUUUGUGAAUAAACAGCAAGCUCAGGACAUGCUGAUGUCCAAACCCAACGGAACCUUCCUGUUGCGCUUCAGUGACUCGGAAAUCGGUGGCAUCACCAUAGCCUGGGUGGCAGAGAACCCUAACAAAGCAGGGGAAAGGAUGGUGUGGAACCUCAUGCCAUACACAACCAAAGACUUCUCUAUCCGCUCCCUGGCAGAUCGCAUCAGUGACCUGAAUCAUCUACUGUACCUCUAUCCCGACCGGCCCAAAGAUGAGGUCUUCUCCAAAUACUACACCCCUCCACUGUCUAAAGCUGUGGACGGAUACGUCAAACCACAGAUCAAACAAGUAGUGCCAGAGUUUGCGACACCUAACCCUGACCCUGCAGCAAACCCCAACUACAUGGACCAUGCGGCAUCUCCAGCUGUCAAUCCUCAGCACACUUAUGGACUCUAUCCUCCCAUUGUUGACCCUAUGCUGGACCCUGAUGGCGAUUUCGAUCUGGACGACACCAUGGAUGUAGCGAGGCAUGUAGAGGAACUGCUCCGUCGACCGAUGGAGGGCCAGUGGAGCGGCCAGCAGUCAUGACCUCUUGACCUUCGUCAUUUGUGACUUCUCUCGCUGAAUAAUGUUUUUUUUAAUCACAUUUUCUUCUCCUCUUCUUAGUGUAUUUUCCCCAUUUGUUUCUCAGUGUGGGUCUUCAUGACUUUCGGUUAUUUUUCUUUAUCUGUUUUUUCCUAUCAUCAUACCUCUUUAUUUUCCCAUCCCUUGUUUCUAUAGAAGAGAAAGGAACUAAUGGAAGAAAAAAAAAAUACUAUGAGCCUUCCUCUUAUAAAAUACCACCAAACAGUAUUGUAGAAAAAAAAGAGAGAGAUGCAUGUUAUCUCUUUUCAUUU